CAGGGAGACGGAUGAGUUUGACGAAAAUGCGCCUCGCUGUGCUAAUUACCGCGCUAGUCGGAGCGCCCGUAGUAAGCUCUGACCCUUAUGAUGGCUGGGCACCGCACCGCUACUGCAACGACAUGGACGGCAUCGACGCCACGCGCAUUCCGCCUCUCACGCGUGAACAGGCCGAACGUGUGGAGUCUCUGGAGCAGGUGCAGAUCAUCGCACGUCAUGGUGCACGCGCACCUUACGCUAGGCUUUUCUGCUGGGACGCGCACAAGCACAACCCCAUGAACGCCAAAUGGGACUGCACCACCACAUCCGUCUCGUCCCAGGACAUCAGUCCAGAUGACCACACGAAGGGGUUCGGACGCUUGUACCGUAAGUCGUACAUGGACGGCCACAACAUCCUUAAGGGUGACUGCGUCAUUGGUGGGUUGCUCCCGCUUGGACAUCAGCAGCACAAGACCAACGGACGGUUUCUUCGUGACGCCUACGUGGGUGACGGCGCACUCAAGCUCUUCCCCACGGCUAACUUAUCGCACCUGGAGUUGAGCGAGAUUUACCUCCGCAGUGACGAUCAAGAGCGUACACUGGGGUCGGGUCAAGCCUUGAUCGAUGGACUUUUCCCAGUAGACGGCACAAUGUCCCUACAGCUUCACCGCAUGCUGAUGUGGAAUGUUGCUGAUAUCUCGGUGGACUACAUUAAUGCCAACGAGAACAUUUGUCCGUUCAUGGGUCACAUCGGAGAGCUAUCCAACGAAUCGCCAGAGUUCUGGGCCCACCUCCGCGAUCCUGUUACCGUCGAAAUCGAGCACCAUUUCAAUGACCUCGUCGGUAAUUUUUCUUGGAGCUCCGCGUUGGAGUGUCUAAGCACAGCUCGCUGCAAUGGUCUGGAGCUGCCAACAGGAAUUGAUGAGGAAACAUUCACCAAGACGUAUCAUGAGGUGGAGGUGCGCCAGAGUAUCUUUCUGACGUACAACGACUCGUGGUAUGCCAAGCUUGCCAUGCAACCACUGGCUCAUGACAUGCUCACACGACUUGACGGUGUACUGAUUGGCGAUUCGGACGCGUACAAGCUCUCAGUCACGAUGGCUCACGAUUCAACCAUCAUGCCGUUCCUGGCAGCAUCAGUUAAGGAGAACUGGGACCGCCUUUGGACUCCGUACGCGGGCAUGCUGGUGAUUGAAGUAUACAAGACGAAGAGUGGCUCACACGCAGUUCGAAUGAUCUUCCAUGGAGAGCCUCAACAUAUUCCUGAAUGUCGCGACACUUUGUGCGAUAUCGAGGAGUUUAUCGAGGCUUUUGCCUUCGCUCGCAGCCCACGUACUGUGCACGACUGCAAGCUGCCCAAGAAGAAGAAACACAAAGGCCAUUCGUCAAACCUAAUGACCACAAUGGCUGAUACGGGCUCCCAAGCCUCUGACUACGUCGGAAGCUACUUGCUGCUGGGACUGGUGGGCGUUGCUGGACUGCUCGCCUUGCGUGCAAAGGGUCGACGCAACUGCCUGCGCGAAGUCCGCAGCGAUGACGAAACGAUCUCCCUUCUCCCUUAA